AUGUGUGUAUACACAUUCAUAUGUCCUCAUUCAUAAAGGACCUACAUGGACAACAAGCAGAUACUUCACAACCGCACCACCCAAACUUGUUGGACUGGGGUUAGUGUCUCAAACCUGCCGACAAAGAAAUCCCCAUCGCUCUGUAGUCUGCAGGCAACACCUACUACUCAAACUUUGUGUUACCAAGAAACCGUCAUCAAUCAACACCGUUGGACUUACGACAGGUUGACACAGAAAGGCCUGAAACGCCAAUAGGCAUUUUCACCAGUUGAACAUCAUGUUUGUUGGUGGUCCCAAUACUAGAAAGGACUACCACGUCGAGGAAGGAGAGGAGCUCUUUUUUCAGGUGAAAGGGGACAUGUGUCUGAAGGUGGUAGAGAAUGGCAAACACAAGGAUAUUCAUAUCCGUGAAGGAGAGAUGUUUCUGUUGCCAGCCAGGAUCCCCCACUCCCCCCAGAGACAGGCCAACACCGUGGGCUUAGUGGUUGAGAGAAGGAGGCUUCUGACGGAGACUGACUGCCUGAGGUACUACGUGGAGAACUCGACAGACAUCUUAUUUGAGCGGUGGUUCUACUGCGAAAACCUGGGGACCCAGCUGGUGCCUGUUAUUAAAGAGUUUAUGUCCUCUGAACAACACAGGACAGGAAAGCCAAAUCCAGCUGAAGUCUUCAGACAGCCUCCUUUCCAGCUGAACACCAUGAAUGUGAUGACCCCCUUCUGCUUCAAGGACUGGGUGGACAAACAGCGCCCCUCCCUGACCACGGGCCGUCCCAUCGACAUGUUCGGUGCCCAGUUUGAGACGGAGACUAUGCUAUACGGUCCUGGCCAGACUGAGAUGAGCAGAAGAGAGAGUGAUGUGUGGCUAUGGCAGCUGGAAGGCUCCUCUCAUGUAACUAUGGACAAACAGGAGUACCCUCUUUCUGCAGGAGACAGUCUGCUCAUCCCAGGACUGAGCCAGUGUCAGUGGACGAGGGGGGAGGGGACGGUUUCUCUGUUGGUGAUUCAGAACCCUGAAAGAAAACGACCAUGACCACUGAAACCUGCACACCACACGUACGAUUAAUUUAGGGUUCCACAUGCAACCAAGAUAACCCUGAGAAUGACUACACACUGCAUGAUGGGAGAGUCAAAUAAAAAGGGAAUACGUUUCCACAUGACUACAAUUAUUGCAGAACACAAGUGUUUGUAAAAACGGACCUUACAAAAUACAAAAACAAGUGUACAAUAUCCACAUUUGAUGCAGUGACUAAACUACAUGUAAACACUAAACUAAUAUACGCUAAAUUCCAAUAAUUUCUAUGUUGCUGGAAAUAUUAACAAAUAAUAUAUACUGUUUGUAUGUCAUAAUUAGAUGUUUAUUGUAUACUUAGCAGAUAUUGUACAUCCACAAGGCUGUUGGUGAUGAAAUUAGGAAGUUGGAUUUCACACAUUAUACAUCCUGCGCUUACAUCCAUGGCUAUGGUUUUGUGUCAUUAGUGUGUUUUUGUGACAUUCAUUUGAUACCAUUAGCCUCACCCACCUAGGAACUCCUAGCCUAUAAGAUCAAUAAAAUAUGUGUAUUUCAUGAUGUG